CCAAAAGAAUACAAACAAACAAUUUUGUUUUUGUAAAAUAGCCUUUUUAUGAUUUUGUGGGCAAACCCUGGUUUGUGGGACCUUUGGCCCAACCAAAAAUAUUGUGAGUGUAAUAGAUAAGGAGGACAGCAGUCAUGGUGGGACAGGAUGAGUCUGUGGUUUUGCAAGGUCCUCCAGUCAGUCGGUUUGAUGUGGCCCCUGUUCAAGAGGGGGUGAGUCCUAGAGUCCGUGCUGCCUUUAGAGCAGAGUCCAGGGGUCGUUUCAGAGUGAAUUUUGUACAGAGUACAGAGAGCAUUCUAAGUGGGGAUAGUGGAGGGGUGACACCAAGUGAGGGCAGCUUAGGCCCAGGCACCAUGCGCAGCUUUGGACACAACACGAUGGAUGCAGUGCCACGAAUUGAUCACUAUAGGAACACUGUGCCCAUUGGGGCAGUUAAAGCCGGGCGACCAAGCUUGGCAGAACUACAUGAUGAGCUGGAUAAGGAUACGUUUAAUGGAUUUGCCAAUGGAGAACGAGGCAGCAUUGAGGGCAAUGAUGUGGUCCUGCGGGUGGUCGAAACAAGUGGAGUUAUUAAAUUUGGUUGGAUUAAAGGUGUCCUGGUACGAUGUUUGCUGAAUAUCUGGGGGGUAAUGCUAUUCAUGAGGCUGUCCUGGAUUGUUGGCCAAGCUGGUUUAGGUUACACAAUUGGAAUUAUACUCAUGGCCACAUUAGUCACAGUUAUAACAGGAUUGUCGACAUCAGCAAUUGCCACCAAUGGCUUUGUGCGAGGAGGUGGGGCCUAUUACCUGAUUUCCCGCAGUCUUGGUCCAGAAUUUGGUGGCUCCAUUGGUCUAAUUUUUGCUUUUGCCAAUGCAGUGGCAGUUGCCAUGUACGUUGUGGGAUUUGCAGAAACCGUCAGUGAAUUGCUGUCUGAUCACAGUAUUAUCAUAGUUGAAAGAACCCAUGAUAUUCGAAUUAUUGGUUCACUCACGGUGGUGCUGCUUUUGGGAAUUUCUGCAGCUGGAAUGGAGUGGGAAACAAAGGCUCAAAUCACACUGCUUGGGAUCCUGCUUGCUGCUUUAGGAAACUUUUUCAUUGGUACCUUUAUACCUGCUAAUGAGGACAAGAAAUCAAGAGGAUUCUUUAAUUAUAAAGCUGCCAUCUUUAUUGAAAACUGGGGACCUGAUUUCCGUAAUGGUGAAAAUUUCUUCUCCAUUUUUUCAAUUUUCUUCCCAGCGGCUACUGGGAUUCUUGCAGGAGCUAAUAUAUCUGGAGACCUGGAGGAUCCACAGUCUUCUAUUCCAAAAGGAACACUGCUGGCUAUCCUGAUAACAACUGCAACCUACCUGGCAGUGGCAGUUGCCUCAGCUGCCUCCAUUGUCAGAGAGGCUACAGGGAACAUAUCAGAUGCCCUUUCUUUUUCGAGCAAUGGAUGCAAGGCUGCAGCCUGUACUGUUGGCUUUAAUUUUUCAUCUUGUGUGGACAACCAUUGUCAAUAUGGGCUGCUAAACAACUUUCAGGUGAUGGCCAUGUUUUCAGGAUUUCCUCCUCUCAUUACAGCUGGCAUCUUUGCUGCAACUCUCUCCUCUGCUCUGGCUUCUCUUGUCAGUGCUCCAAAAGUUUUCCAGGCCUUGUGCAAGGACAAUAUUUACACGGGGCUGCAGUACUUUGCUGAGGGAUAUGGUCAGAGGAAAGAGCCUAUUCGAGGUUACAUACUAACAUUCUUCAUUGCUCUUGGUUUUAUUCUUAUUGGUGAAUUGAACACUAUUGCACCAGUCAUCUCUAAUUUCUUCUUGGCUUCAUAUGCCCUCAUCAACUUCUCCUGUUUCCAUGCCUCUUUGGCGAAGUCGCCAGGCUGGAGACCGGCAUUUAAAUAUUACAACCUAUGGGUUUCUCUUGUGGGUGCCAUAUUAUGCUGUGGUGUUAUGUUUCUAAUUAACUGGCAGGCAGCACUCCUCACCUGCGUUGUUGUUCUUAGCCUGUAUAUAUAUGUCACUUACAAGAAACCAGAUGUCAACUGGGGAUCAUCCACUCAAGCGCUUACUUAUCUUAAUGCUUUACAACACUCAAUCCGUCUAUAUGGAGUGGAAGACCAUGUGAAGAACUUCAGACCACAGUGCCUUGUUCUGACAGGAUCGCCUGUAACUCGCCCAGCAUUAGUAGACCUUGUCCACUCCUUUACCAAAAAUGUGGGACUUAUGAUAUGUGGGCAUGUUCAUGUGGGAACCCAAAGGCAAUGCCUAAAAGACAUGGUAUUAAACCAGGCAAAGUACCAGAAGUGGCUGAUUCAGCACAAGAAGAAAGCCUUCUAUUCUCCAGUUUGUGCUGAGCAAUUUCGCCAGGGGGUACUGUACCUAAUUCAGGCAGCUGGCAUUGGACGCAUGAAGCCAAACACGUUUGUUAUUGGUUUCCAGACUCGGUGGACUGAAUCUGACCAAACAUCACUGGAUGAUUAUGUCAGUAUAAUACAUGAUGCAUUUGAUUUCCAGUAUGGUGUCAUUAUUGUAAGGCUAAGAGAAGGCCUAGAUGUUACACAAAAUGAAGUGUGUGAGGCAGGUCCUGCUAUCACAGCGACAUCAAUCACUUCAAUCGGACAUAACAUCUCCCAAGACAUGUCUUCUGAGUUCCAGAAGAAGCAGGGGAAGGGGACUAUUGAUGUUUGGUGGCUAUUUGAUGAUGGAGGUCUGACACUUCUGAUACCAUACUUAUUAACUACCAAGAAGCAGUGGAAAGAAUGCAAAAUCCGUGUCUUCACUGGGGGAAAAAUCAAUGCUAUUGAUGACAGCAAACGCAUGAUGGCUACAUUACUCAGCAAGUUUCGUAUUGAUUAUUCGGACAUUGUUAUUAUUGGAGACAUCAACAAGAAACCCAGGCCAGAAAGCAUGAAAUGUUUUGACAAUCUUGUGGAUCCAUACCGUCUUCAUGAAGGGAACGUGGAUGCCAUCACAGCAGAAGAGAUGAAGAAAACAGAGCCAUGGAAGAUCAGUGAUGAUGAGCUGGAGACGUUUAAAGAAAAGACACAGCGUCAGAUCCGGCUAAAUGAACUUUUGCAGGAGCACUCCUUGUCUGCCAAUCUUAUUGUUGUGACAAUGCCAGUUGCAAGGAAAGGAGCAGUAUCAAAUGCCUUAUAUAUGGCCUGGCUAGAAAUCCUUUCCAAGGACCUGCCACCUGUCUUGUUAAUCCGGGGCAAUCAACAAAGUGUCUUAACCUUCUAUUCCUAAUUGUUGAUGUUGGUUAGUUGGUGCCCAGAGAACUGGGAAAAACAUCAGGUUCAGCAUCAUAUUUGAUAUGUAUUUAUUACUAGUGUUCCCUUAAGUGCCCAAAUUAUUAUUUUUUUGCAAAAAGUUACUAUAUCUUGAGUACUGACCUGAACUGUGCUAUUUUGGAUGAGAUCAGGUUGAUCCCUUUGCUACAUCUCCUAUUUUGCUCAUAAUAAAGCAAUUUCAUUUGCAAA